GUCAGAGAAGAAGAAGACGAGGAUGCUGCUGUGAUGAAGACCAUAAUGCAGAUGAUGAUGAUGAUGGAGUCAACAAAGAGACGGCUGCUGGUGACAUUUUCGUCUUCUUAGCAACGAAAAGCUUGUUUGAGUUGGAACGACGUGACCAUGGCCGAUGGGGCGUCACGUCUUGGCGCUGAUGAUGGUGAGGAGGAGCGGGAGGAAGGAGAGAUUACCAUGGAAACGCCAAAGCGUCCAGUCUACUGCUUGUGCAGGAAACCUGACAUCAACUGUUUCAUGAUAGGCUGUGAUGGUUGUGCAGAGUGGUUCCACGGCAGCUGUGUGGGCGUGUCAGAGAAGGCCGCCAAAGCCGUCAGAGUUUGGUUCUGUCCGUCCUGUCAAGAAAGCGACCAUUCUCUGGAGGUUCAGUAUUGUCAGAAAAAAACAAAAGGGGCGGAGGAAGACAGGGACAAAUGGGAGGAGGACGGGAGUUCCACCUCUCAGACCAAGAUGGACGGGACGCGUGGCUCACAGCAAAUCAAACGCUCAGCUCGCAUGUGUGGCGAGUGUGAUGCCUGUUUGAGGACGCGCGACUGUGCCAUCUGUGACUUCUGUAAAGACAUGAAGAAAUUUGGAGGACCCAACAAAAUUCGACAGAAGUGUCGCCUCAGGCAGUGUGAGGUCCGUGCACGGAAGAUGCUCCGCGUGAAAGAAGAGGAGGAGGCAAGUGCUGGCAACAUGAAGGGGCGGGACUUCCAGAGAAAAGGUCACAUGACAGAGGAGGACGAGGAGGAGGCCUUCAGUGAAAGUGAGCUGGAGCUCUACAAGCAGUACAAAGCUGCUGGAUUCAGAGACAUGGUGUGGCACAGCGAGGAGGAGGAGGAGGAACCUGACACUCUGAGGAAGAAGGCGGUGAAGGUGAAGCAUGUGAAAAGACGAGAGAAGAAGACGGAGAAGAAGAAGUCGGUCUCCGCCCCAAAAGAGGAAGUGCGGCGUCACAAGGCAAAGCAGCGACACAGGGAGCGCGUGCGCCACAGCGAAAGAGGCGGGGAUAUCGGAGCUAAGGACUCGGGUGGAAGUCUGCGUCAGUGUCUCGGUCCAGGGUGCGUUCAAGGUGCCCGGAACAACUCCAAGUACUGCUCGGACGACUGCGGCAUGAAACUCGCCGCCAACCGCAUCUACGAGAUUGUCCCUCAGAGGAUCCAGCAGUGGCAGCAGAGUCCUUGCGUGGCGGAGGAAAUGGGGCGGAGACAGCUGGAGCGAAUCAGGAAGGAGCAACAGGCAGCCAGGCUGCGCCUCACUCUAAUGGAGAAGCGCUUCCAUGAGCUCGAAAGCAUCAUCGCCACUUCCAAACUUCAUCAGGUGCAACAGGAUGAGGAGGUUAACGAAGGUGAGGGCGACGACACGGACUUUCAGAUCUUCUGCGUGUCCUGCAGUCAUCCUGUAAACCCCAAAGUGGCGCUGAGGCACAUGGAGAGGUGCUACGCCAAGUACGAAAGUCAGACCUCGUUUGGAUCCAUGUACCCCACACGCAUCGAAGGAGCCACCCGCUUGUUCUGUGACGUCUACAAUCCUCAAAGUAAAACCUACUGCAAACGUCUGCAGGUUUUAUGUCCGGAACACUCCAGAGAUCCAAAGGUGGCAGCAGAUGAGGUGUGUGGCUGUCCUCUGGUUAGAGACGUCUUCCAGCCUACGGGAGAGUUUUGUCGUGUCUCCAAAAGGAAGUGUAACAAACAUUACUGCUGGGAGAAACUUCGCCGCGCCGAAGUCGACUUGGAGAGAGUCCACGUGUGGUAUAAACUAGACGAGCUGUUCGAGCAAGAACGGAACCUACGUGCCGCCAUGACAAACCGAGCUGGUUUACUGGCUCUUAUGCUGCAUCAGACCAUCCAGCAUGACCCCGUCACCACGGACUUGCGCUCGGCCAAAGACAGGUAGAUGACUUUUAUUGUGAAAGGUUCCGACGCAGCAAGUGUGCUGUCAUCACUGGUAACUUCACCGGUACCUGAAGUACAGUCACGGUUUAUUGAUGCGUUUUAAUACCCCAACUUAAGCACUGCUCCUCUGUUUACUUGCUAGCAAUGCAUUGUACGGGACUUCCUGAUUCACUAGCAUCCGUAGAAAUGCAUUUUAACCAAUAAACGACAUUUUACACUGGACUGUUUUGUGAACAUAGGCCAGUAUGCAGUUUUACUAGCCGACACCUAACUGUGUUUAUUUUGUGUAAGUCAUGGAGUGCUAAUAUCCGCUUCCCACCACAAUUAGUGACCACAUUAGACGUUACCGAUGCUGUCGCCUUUUAACAUACAGCCAUAUGUGUUGAAUCCCGAAUCCGAUCCGGAAGUGGAGACUCCACAGUCCAAAGUUUCUCAAGAAAAGAGGUUACUUCAAGAUGUCUCUCACUGGUAGGUACUAGCUUUAGCAUUUCAGCGUCCUCCCCUCUGUGACAUCACAAAGGGGCAGUUUUACUAUGCCGAAUGUAUAACUUCUUUUAGGGCUCACUUCCAAAAUGCACCAACCUCAUUAUCUGAAACUUUGACACUAGCUACAUUUGAAAGGGCAGAAAAGUGUAAAAAGCCAGUAGGUCCCUUUUAAAGUUCCCAUUUUAUCGUCAUGCAACGGAUGUUGGUAUUUUUUUACAUUUCAUAUUAUUGUUAAAAUGCAUUUGUUUUUUUAUAUUUGUAUUUUCAUUGUAUUUUCAUGUUGAUGUAGCCAAAAUAACAUUAAAAACAUCAUGGCAACUCA